AUGAAGUUAAGAGGCUUGACUUAUACAAAUGAGGGGGAGGGUGGAAGAGUUUUGGAGGGGAAAAAAUUAAGAUUAGAGACUCACUGGGUCCACGAUGGAAAAGGACGGGAGGAUAGUGGCCAUCAGGCAGAAAGCGAUGAAGCAGGGUACCAAAGGAAAGCGAAGGGAGUGAGGGUUUCCGAAGGCGAAGGCAGGGACACGCCAGGCGCGAGGUUCAGGAAGAACGGGUCGAGGGACGAGCGCAGGGGCAGGGGCGGCCGCGGGCACCGGGAGAGCAGCGCGCCGCGGCCCCUCGCCUCCCGCAGAGCGCUCCGCACCGCCGUCCCCGCCGACCUUCAGCGGGGCCGGGGCCAGGUCCGACAGCCAGCAGUCGGCUCCUCGGUGCAGUCCCGGGUAGAGAGCCCGGUUCCUGCGCUAGUCGAUUUGUGCGGUAGGAAAGGAGGCUGCAGGAGAUCUGCGGUGGGGCGGGACAACUGCCUUUCGGGACCUGUUGGGAGAUAUGGGUGCUGAUCUGGUUAUUUCUUGGUUUAUGACGCCAAAAAGGGUGGGAGGGGGCUGAUGAAGUGAAGCCUUUCGCUGUUACAUUCCAUUAACAGAAA